ACAACAAACAUGGCGGCGGCGGCGGCUGCGACGGUGACGAAGUCCGAGGCGGUUGCAGCGGCAGCGGCGUUGGACCAGGCGGUGGGGGUGACUCGGAGUGGUUGUCAGGACGUAUAACGAACUUCAAACUUCAGCGAAAAAAGCAAAGAUGGGUGAAAAGAAACCAGAGCCUUUGGACUUUGUGAAAGAUUUUCAGGAAUACCUGACUCAGCAGACCCACCAUGUGAACAUGAUUUCUGGAUCGGUUAGUGGGGACAAAGAAGCAGAGGCUCUUCAGGGAGCUGGACCAGAUGGUGAUCAAAAUGGACUGGAUCACCCAUCUGUUGAGGUUUCCCUGGAUGAAAACUCAGGAAUGUUAGUAGACGGGUUUGAAAGGACCUUUGAUGGGAAGCUCAAGUGUCGGUACUGCAACUAUGCCAGCAAAGGAACAGCACGGCUUAUUGAACAUAUUAGAAUUCAUACAGGUGAGAAGCCUCAUAGAUGUCAUUUAUGCCCAUUUGCAUCUGCUUAUGAGCGUCAUCUGGAAGCCCAUAUGCGUUCCCAUACUGGAGAGAAACCAUACAAAUGUGAAUUGUGUUCCUUCCGCUGCAGUGAUCGAAGCAACCUGUCCCAUCAUCGAAGGCGCAAGCAUAAAAUGGUACCAAUUAAAGGUACCAGGUCUUCCUUGAGCAACAAGAAAAUGUGGGGAGUUUUACAGAAAAAAACAAGCAAUCUGGGGUAUAGCAGAAGAGCACUUAUCAACUUAAGUCCACCUUCCAUGGUGGUUCAGAAGCCAGACUACCUUAAUGAUUUUACCCAUGAAAUCCCAAACAUCCAGACUGACUCCUAUGAAAGUAUGGCAAAAACUACACCAACUGGUGGCCUGCCAAGAGACCCUCAAGAACUUAUGGUUGACAACCCUUUAAAUCAGCUCUCCACCCUAGCAGGACAGUUGUCCAGUUUGCCACCUGAAAACCAAAACCCUGCAUCCCCUGACGUGGUUCCCUGCCCUGAUGAAAAGCCUUUCAUGAUUCAGCAGCCCUCUGCCCAAGCAGUAGUUUCUGCUGUGUCAGCAACUAUUCCUCAGAGCUCCUCUCCCACAAGCCCUGAGCCAAGGCCAUCACACAGUCAGAGGAACUACAGUCCAGUGGCAGGGCCAAGCAGUGAACCCAGUGCCCACACCAGUACUCCCAGCAUAGGAAACAGCCAGCCAAGUACUCCAGCCCCAACGCUGCCAGUCCAGGAUCCUCAGCUUCUGCACCAUUGCCAGCACUGUGACAUGUACUUUGCAGACAAUAUCCUUUACACUAUUCAUAUGGGAUGUCAUGGCUAUGAGAAUCCUUUCCAGUGUAAUAUAUGUGGAUGCAAAUGUAAAAACAAGUACGAUUUUGCCUGCCACUUUGCAAGAGGGCAACAUAACCAACACUGAAAACAGUCACAUGGACUUGCUUUGGCCUCUUGGGGCUUUGUAGUUGAGUUUUUGUUUUUGGUCAUCCCUAAUAAGGUGUGUGCUAACUUAAAGUUUAUCCGUUAUAAAAUGUAAAUUUAAUGGUCGAAAACUUUUUCUUAUUUUUUUUCAUAAAAAAAUAUGGUCAGGGUUAUUUAUGUUAUUAGAACAAUUAGGACACAUAACUAUUUUUUUCUUUCACAUCUAAAGAUAAUUGAGGAUUGAAAUACAAUCAUAAUCCUAAUGUAAGUGUUCAUUUACCUUUCCCACAUUUACUUAUGGUCCAUAAAGAUGUCAAGGUUUUCCAUACUCUUGAUACUUCAGUAUACACAUGACAGCUAAAUGUUAUUUCUGCCAUAUUUCAAAGUAGCAGAAAAAGAUAUUUUUUCUUAAAAAUCUGUCACAAUGUAUUUCAGUGUUUGUAGAGAAACUGCCUUUAAAAUUGCUCUUAAUUGAAGUAUUAUUUAGUUCACAUAUUUUAAAGUCGAAUCAGUUUCAUUUCAACUGAUAAGAAUAAAGCUCUUUCACUGUAGUAAAUCCUUUUUCCUACAAGGGGCUAUAUGAAAGCAUUCUUUUAAAGUUAUAAAUACUGGCGAAAGUUCUGAAAAGAAAUGAAACUAAAGACUUAAGUUGGCAAUUGUGUUUAGUAUUUAAAAUACCAGUUGGUUAACUGUCUUAGUUUUUCAUUGCAUUUUUUUAUACUUCCAAUUUUUUUUAACUACAGGUAAAUACACUAGAAUGUGGAUGAUUUUCUUUCUUUUCAACUAAGUCUACCUUUUAAGUUUAUUUUGACAUUUGUGUCAAGUGAGAUUGGUAACUGUAGUGAGAAUCUGUUACUCUUCCUAUUCCUUUGAUGACCAAAGAAGUGCGAGGCAGUCAUCCGCGCUACUAAGAUGCAGCCCUUCAGAGAAAUCUCCAAAGUAUCCUUUUCCUGCCUUCUAUCCAUUUAUUGCCGGUAGCUGCCUAGAAAAGGUGGCUAUAGAAACACUUGGGAAAUGUGUUGAAAUAUUUACAAAAGACAGAUCCUGGUCUCCUCUUCAGAGUUGGCCACUUAAAAAUAGUUUCUGUGAAUUCCAGCUGUAAAAGUCUUCAUGUACAGUGACUGUACUAUAUAGAAACUGUGAGUGAAUUGUCGCCUUAGUAGGAAGGAGAAGAGGUGUGAACAUGGGUAUAAAACACAUUUAAACACAGCAUUUGUUUAUAGAAGUAAUACUUGCUAAAUAGAUUUAGAAUAACUCGUUUUGAAUAGGAGGCUAUUGUUUUUUAUAUUGUGUAAUAACUAGCUUACUCUGAAGAGAGCUUGGUCAAACAAUAAAAUAUUGUUACUUACUCCUGG